AUGAAAGUAAUAUCAGCCGUUUUGUUUGUUGCUGUCGCUUCAGCGGCAAGCGCCAUAAAUUUCUGCCCCAAAAUACAAGAAGUUGACUGGGAAAUCGAACUGCUAUUGCCGCAUUGGGAAUGCAACAAGUUCUACCAAUGUACCCAUGGCAAACCUGUCGAGAUGGUUUGCCCCAAGGGACUCUACUUCAGUAUUAUUAAGAAUAAAUGUGACUGGAGAGAUCUAGUGAGAUGUGGCGAUAGAGUUGUUUUAGACGAAUUUAAACCGGAAGUAACCGAGGAACCGGAAACCACAACUGUUACUGAAAUAAAUGAAAAUGAUAAUAUUACUGUUGUGGAAACAGAAAAACCUGAAUCUCCAAUCAUUGAAUUACUUCCUAAUGGAUGUCCAGUCGACCCUGAUGUACACUGGUUGUUACCGAAUGAGGAAUUCUGUAAUUUGUUCUACUACUGUGUAGAUGGCGUGAAAGAGAUCAGUCGCUGUCCAUUCUGGUUACAUUUUAAUAGAGAAUUACAGGUUUGUGAUUGGCCGUGGGAUUCCGGCUGUGUAGACAUCUACAGAAAUUAA